AUGGACGAAAUCGAAGCGUUAAGAUCGAUUUUCAUGGAGGAUUUCCACGAAGUUUGUGAACACGGAAAUCGAAUACAAUCCGUCCCUCCGGAUGUAAAAUGCUACGAAAUCGUCUUAUCUCCGCUCGCGUCUCACGAAGACGCGUCGGAGAUUAUCAACACCGACGAGAGCAAAAACAACAGCGAUGAUCUAGUGGACGCUCGAUUAGGCGUCGUCUUCGCGCACUCGACGAAGUAUCCAAACGAGAUGCCGUUUCUAAAAUGUCGUUCCGUGGCGAAGAUACACGACGAGGAGUGCAAAAAGCUGACGAAACAGUUACUCGAUCUCGCAAAGACGGAAAACAUGCUCGGACAGCCGAUGAUGUACGAUCUCGUAGAAUUCGCGAAAGAGUGGCUUCGUUCGAGAACGCGCGUGAGAGAAAAAGAAGAGGAGACCGAGGAAAUGGUGGAGAAGCGGUUGGAGAUGGAAGCGGAGGAACGGUUGAAAGCGAUGCGGGAAACCGGGACCGCGGUGACGCGAGAGAAUUUUGAAAGGUGGGCGAAAGCGUUCGACGCGGAGAGAGCGUUGGGAAAAUGGACGACGGAGACGAAUACUAACAACGACAAAAUAGAUGAUGCGACUACCGCCCGCAAUGCUGCUGCCGCUGCUGCUGCCACGACGACGACGCACGCGCAACAAGGCGCGGUGUCCAUGUCCGGGAGAAGAUUCUUCGAGGAAAGGUACGAGGCGUUGCGUAAAAGCGGCAGCCUCGAGAACGAAGAAGGACAAGAAGAGGACGACGAAGACGAAGAGAAAAACAGCGAAGACAUGUCAGAAAUAUCAUCGGAGGAGGAUAUAGGCGUAAAAGAAGACGACGACGACGACGAGGAAGAAUAG